UCUUGGGAAGAUUUUUCACGUAGUUUGAACGUGGGUAUUUUUUGGAGUGCGCAUUCCUGUAAAAAAGCUUUUGUUUGCUUCCUUGCUAAAACUCUUCUUGCAACGCGUAGUCCUUGUUGGUUUUGGUAACAGAGUUCUCAAUAAAUUGUGUUUAAUACAGAAUAUUUUGAAUAUUUUACUAUUAGCAAUGAUUACAAUCUAAACUACGAUUUGGGCCGGCUGAUUAUGAAAGUUUAAACAAAUUAACUUACGUACAAAGUACAUCUUCAAAAAAAAUUAUGACAAACAUUGCACAGCAGCACGAUCUGGUGAAAAACAGUCUUUUCCAGUUCAUAAAUUCACACAUUCCUGGAGCCGAUUUGGGUAUUGUCGACGACAUUGUAUUGUCUUAUGUGAUUUCUAUUUUGGAGGAGGCUUCUCAGGAUCCAUGUUUUGAUGUAGAUGGAUUCAUCGAGAUGAUGUCGGCUUAUUUCGAUGAUUUUGCCAACAUCAAACCAUCGACCGUUUGUACAUGGAUAUUUCAACUUGAGAGUCAGUUGUCAAAAAAAAACAACAAUAGCGAUGCGCAGAAUUUAUCUCUGAGCACGCUGAGUCUAGCUGACAUUUUGCCAGAAGAAAAAUUACGAGGUCGUCAAUCUUCCAUAUCUGAACCAGAGCCUGCUGUUGGUGGAGGCCAACCCAAGCGUGUUCAGCAUUUAUCAGAAACUAGCGAUGCAGGAUCGACGGAUAGUUCUAACGGUGAUCUUUUCAGUGACGAAUGCGAAGUUUUACAAGAAAUGUUCCCAGAAAGCUCAAUUAUUGAGGUAAAGCAUUGUAUUCUUAUUGCUAAUGGUGAUGUGGAUCGUGCCACCCAAAUAUUACUUCAUCGCCAAGAAGCUGGACAAAGUCUGAAGGGUAACGCUAGCAAUUUGCAAGGCAAUAAGGCACUGCCGCAGAUUGACGAAACCGAGCUUAAAAACAGAAUCAUUUCCAGAUAUUCGUAUGUUGACAAAGAAGAUCAUCGAGAAUAUAAACCAGUCGCGCCGAAAGUAGAACCGAAAAAGUUGAUACGUUACCGGGACAAUAAAAUUGUAUCACUAAAGGGUGAACGUUACACUGAAGUAUCGCGUCGCGGAGGUGAUGAGGAGACAGAGCUCAAAAAGCCGAAAAAAACUAUUUGCCCGUAACUAAAGAGGUCACUGCUGCCAAUGCUGUUCACGUGCACUACAAUAGAUGCAUUUAUAUUUUGUUGUAGAGAAUAUCAUGAACUACGACAGCAACAUGAACAAUUAGAUAUGUUGGUCGUGUCUUUAGUAAUCGUUAUAAUCGUAAUUUUCCAGAAAAAUCGCAAUCGAUUUGAUAGUAGUAGAGACAAGAAGCAGCAAAAACAAAAUCUUUGCGAAUGUCAUAUAAAGAAUCGUCUUUCAGUGAUUAGUAACGAUAUCUUGCGCAUGAAAUACUGUUCUCAUGCAAUCCUAACUGUUUUAGUUAAAGCACCUAAAUUUUCCUUUACAAGUGAUAUUUUAGUGGAAAAGCAAGUAUUCCACGAAGGCAGGUCAGCCUCAAGUAACCUAUGUGCUCCGUUUGCCAAUAUUACAAAUUUACCUGUACGACUUACCAUAGGUAACAUGAUCUUUGUGAAAUUUUACUCCGUUUACCUUUUGCAUUCAUCCACUCAAAGUAAUCAUGUAAUCUCACUUUACAUCAUUUAUAACACUAGAUUUUUAGGUUUCUUUGAGCGCUUUAAUGAUUUGCGCUUAGUAUUUAUUCUAGCAACACUAUUUUGGUAUAUUGUAUUUUAUGUUUUUGGGAAAACUUUUAUGUUUGAUAGUUCUAUGUGUAUUAUACUGUGUCGCAUUCUUAGAAUUUGCUCACAAAUACACGAAUGCACUUUUAAGUUGUGCCCUCAGUCCUGAUUUUAUCCGAAAUUCAUGUUUUAUUGGGUUAUUUUUUUAUUUUGUUGUUUUAAAGUGGAACUCUAUUUUUCAAUUGUAAUUGAAUUGUUUAUUGAGGGCUUUAACCAAAUGGUCAUUCGCCCGUCUAUUUUUCAGUAUUUCUUACCUGGUUAGAGUUUUUUUAACGCAGAAUACUUGAACUUUUUCUGGUUUCGAUCACUGAAAAAAGAAAUUAAAUCGAAUCAUUCUGUUUUUGACGGAGACAGUUCGGGUAAGAGUUAUUAGUGUGAUAAGAUCGAGAGUUAAAUGAUUAUUCCGGUAAUUAUUUAAGUCCUCUUGGUAUGAUUUUUAGUGGAAUCGGAAUUUUGUAAAUGAUAUAUUAUAGUCAUAGGAGCAGAAAAUUUUUCAAAGAUAUGUUUUCUUCAUCGCUGAUAGUUUGACUUCAUAGAUUUCAUGUUGUAUCAACAAGAACCGACAUCCGUCAAUGUAUUAAGUAACAGACGAGUUAUAUGCAUCACAAUCGUGCAGGAUAUGUAUGUGUACCAUAGGUCAUCUAAGAAAAUAUACCUUAUUCACGAUAUAGUAAAUAAAAA